AGAGAGGGGCGGGGCGGUGGCGGGCGGUGAUAGGGCCUGUGGCGGAGCCCUGGCCGUGUGCGGGAUAUCAGCUUGUGGCGAGUGCGGUGCGGCACAAAACAAGAUAAGAUAAGACAGAACAGGACAGGACCAAGUCGGACCGGACAUGGUGGGCUCCAGCGAGACCGGGAAAGAGCCGUGGCGGGGCCGCUACUACCGCCUGGAGGAGGUGCAGAAGCACAACAACAGUCAGAGCACCUGGAUCAUCCUCCACCACCGCAUCUACGAUGUCACCAAGUUCCUGGACGAGCACCCAGGAGGUGAAGAGGUCCUUAGGGAGCAAGCUGGAGGAGAUGCUACUGAGAACUUUGAAGAUGUUGGCCAUUCCACAGAUGCAAGGACAUUGUCAGAAUCCUUUAUUGUUGGGGAACUUCAUCCUGAUGAUAGAUCCAAGCUUCAGAAACCAACAGAAACUCUUAUUACCACUGUUCAGUCUUCUUCCAGUUCAUGGUCCAGCUGGGUGAUCCCAGCAAUAGCAGCGAUUAUCGUGGCCCUGAUGUAUCGUUCCUACAUGUCAGAAUAAGCGCCUUACUGAGAAUUAAUGCAAGAAGAGAAUACAUUCUCUGGGAGAAAAUAUAAGCAAUCCUAGCCCAAUACUUUCCUGGACAAAAGCCUGAUGUCUGAAGAAAAAUUCAAGUUUUUCAGAAAACGGAACAAUUCCUCUUCUGCUGUGCACUUUUCUUGACGUUGCCUUCUUAUAUGCUGCUGUGAAGUGAUAAAAAGGCAUCAUUUCUCUUUUUGUAUAACACUUGUAUUCUCUAAUGAAUUAUUUGAUAACUGUAUUGGUUUCUGUGGUAGGAUAUUAUUUUCUAUGUAACACUGAUUCUGGUUAUUUCUUUUAAUCUGUAAUAGGGUCAUUAGGACUCUCCUGAUGUAUGCAUUUUACAGCUUUAAAAGACUACCAAAACUGUGUACACGUACACAACUUAACUUAAAAAAAUCAUGUUGUCUUUUUAAAUGUAGUAUGAAUGAAAUGCAAGUUAAAUGUAAUGAAUAAAACUGAGUGGAGUUAUGGGUACCUGGAUGUGGGUUGGGCCCUACCAAUCAGCUAUAAUGAGCUGGGUUUUUCUCCAUUUUUUUGACAACUGCUCUUUUAGUUGUUUUAGGUACUCCUACUAGCAAACUGUUCUGUUUGUCUCCCAUAGAAAAAUUCAGGUGAAGUAUGAAACUCACUGUUUGGCCCAAUUAUGUCUGUCUCAUUUUUGUGAAAAAUAGCUCUUUUUUUGAAAAAAGGCAGAAAAAAGUAACUGCUUUUAAUAAAUAGUACUGUUACUGCCAAACACUCAGGUGAUUAGAGAAUUGGUUCUGGAACUUUUAGCCUUCCAUAAAAUCUUCAACUUUGUGAAGUACAUUGUGAGGGGGAAUACUGAUAAAUGAAAUCUGUUUCUGACUCUUCUGUGAUGUGCUUUGGUGCUUUACUAUGAAGAGGAAACUGUUUUCACUGCUGAAUACAAGAUAACUACAAGUUUGCAUUUUGUGGUGAACAUUUUUAGUCAUAUGUAAAUGAUUAUAAAUAAAAGUUUAAUUGCUUACA